AUGAUAUUACACCUUUUCAAUGCUGGCAAAAUAAAAGUAAAGGCAAUUGCACGAGCGCUUCGCCAUGCUGAGCAGUCUCCUUCCGUCAAUCGCCGGCGGAUUAGCCAGAUCUUCUCCCGUGAAGAACAUUCCAGUCCCGACUCUCAUUUGCAGCCUUCCCACCUGCAUCGAUGGGCUUCUAUUCCUGGGGUCCAAGAACCUUCCCCUGCCGUAGACAGGACGGAUUCUUCUCUAUCAUAUGAAGGUGAUGAUAAGAUUGAGCAUACAGUAGCUGGAAUUCCUGAAAGACAACUACUUCAAUCUCCAUCACGGUUCAUAGAGCAAGCCGGAAGUUACGGGAGCAUUGUAGCAUCACCCCCGCAGGAUGCACCCCCGUCCAUUCCACCUUCUCUUGAACUUCCAGAUCCUGCCUUGGAUCCCGGGCAACCGGAUUCACCCCCCCUCUCUCCCCACCAGAGUGGUGCUUGGACCAGUGGUGUGGUUGGCCAGUCCCGAAGCCCUGAAGAUGUCAAUAUUAAUACCUCAGGAUUAUCGAAAAUACGAAGCGAAGAUGUUGCUCCAGUCACCACACCGACUAAAAAAUCUGUAUUCUGGCCUCGGCGCCAUUCCGUUCCUGCACGGGUAUUCGAUCAACAAAAGUCACGUUUGAAAAGCGUGUUUAUUCCUAAGUCUCAUCGCGAAAAUAACAUAAACAACGGCCCCGCAGACGAACUGGUAGUUCUAAAAUAUAGAGAAUCGGAGUUUUUCGCUUUUAUGGAUAUAGAGCUGGCUAAAAUUGAAUCAUUCUACCUGUUGAAGGAGAAAGAGGCAACGGAGCGGCUCGCGACGUUGAGAAUGCAACUCCAUCUCAUGAGAGAUACUAGGAUCGAGGAGAUCAGAGCCAGCAGGCGGAAUGGGAAUGCAAAAAGUUCCCUUGGUGUGGUUGCCUCACCAACCAAGUGUUCUUCCGUCGGAAAUUGGAAGACGCCGUUGGGGGGCGCCAUAGGUAAAGGCCGCUCGAGGAAAACAUCCAAUGCCAUGCAACAGCUCGCAACACCUUCUGGCCCAACACCAAGACCCUGCGCUACUGACGGCUGUCGAGAUUUUGUUCGUCGUCAAGAUUUAAACGAAGUUUCAUAUCGUUCUGCUAAAAGGAAACUAAAAGUUGCUUUGAUAGAGUUCUACCGUGGACUCGAACUUCUCAAGGCCUACGCAGACCUCAAUCGAAAAGCGUUCCGCAAGAUGAAUAAAAAGUACGAUAAAGUUACGAAUACCCGCCCAGCUGGUCGUUACGUUUCCGAGAAGGUCAACAAGUCUUGGUUUGUCCAGAGUGAGGUGGUUGAAAAUCACAUGGUGUCCGUCGAAGAUCUCUAUGCGCGCUAUUUCGAGAGGGGGAAUCGUAAGGUUGCCAUCAGCAAACUUCGUGGCAGAUCUUCAAGAACCUACGAUCAUUCUUCAAGCUCUUUCCGCAAUGGCUUGACUCUUUCGGGAGGCAUCGUUUUCGGUCUUCACGGAGUUGCCUAUGCUGUACACCGGUUGUAUCAUGGGAAUGAUGAGGUCCGUGUUUGGACUAGUUACUUGCUUCAGAUAUAUGGUGGUUACUUCCUCACGGUGUUUCAUUUUCUUCUUUUCUGUCUCGAUUGCAAAAUUUGGUCAAUGUCUAAAAUCAAUUAUGCCUUCGUUUUCGAAUUCGAUACCCGACAUGCGUUGGAUUGGCGCCAACUGGCUGAGCUACCUUGCUUGUUUUUUCUGUUACUUGGGAUAAGUAUGUGGCUCAAUUUUCGCUGGGUGAAUGUAAUGUACAUAUACUGGCCUGCCGUUUUGAUAACUCUCACCGUUGUCAUAUUGCUUCUUCCUGCUCGCAUCCUCUACCAUCGUAGUAGGAGAUGGUGGGCCUAUUCAAACUGGCGGCUGUUGCUCGCGGGACUCUACCCUGUUGAGUUCCGUGAUUUUUUCCUAGGAGAUAUGUACUGCUCCCAGACCUAUGCCAUGAGUAACGUCGCACUCUUAUUCUGCUUAUACAUCAAUGGAUGGGAUAACGCACCUAAAUGUAAUUCAUCUCAUUCGCGAGUGAUGGGCCUCCUCUCGACACUCCCGUCUAUUUGGCGUUCCCUUCAGUGUCUACGACGUUAUCGGGAUACUAAAAAUGUAUUCCCCCAUGUUGUAAAUCUUGGGAAAUACACGUUUUCAAUCCUCUACUACACGACCCUGAACCUCUACCGGAUCAACAACUCAAAGGGUCUUCGAGCCCUCUUCAUCACAUGCGCCUGUAUCAAUGCCAUAUACAGUUCUACGUGGGAUGUGGCCAUGGACUGGAGUCUAGGGAAUCCCUACGCUAAGUAUAACUUUCUCCGAAAGUCUCUUGGUUUCCGACGCCGCUGGGUGUACUACCUAGCAAUGAUCAUCGACCCGGUCCUCCGAUUCAACUGGAUUUUGUACGCCUCAUUCACGCAUGGGUUUCAACAUUCAGCCUUUAUCAGUUUCUUCAUCUCAUUCCUCGAAGUAUGUCGACGAGGAAUGUGGUCGAUAUUUCGUGUGGAGAACGAACACUGCACCAACGUCGCCAGAUUCCGUGCCUCACGAGAUGUCCCGCUACCAUAUGUUAUCCAGACCCCAUCUGGGCCGUCACUUGGCCAGGUACCUGAACAACAGUCUAAUGUCGUCCAACAAGAAAGCGUCCCGAGAGAGCACCAAGCUGCGACAGGUUUUGAUGUGGAGAAUGGCGUCGAAAAUGGUUCUGUUCGACAACGCAAGGCGUCCUAUGCUCCCGACAUUGCGCGAACGUUGACGCGUGUAGGUACAAUGCUCGCAAUGGCACAUGCGCAGGACUUCGAGCGGAAAAAGCAACUUGGGAUUCUGGGUAAAACUGCCGACGAUGAGAAUCCGCAUCCGGUAGGUGGGAGAGAUAGUAGUAGUACGGAAGAUGAAGCGGAAGACGACGAUGAUGAAGAAGAAGAAGAGAUAGAGGCGGAGGUGGACCGGGAAUUGGAGUAUCAAGAUGACGGGAAGAAGACAUCUUAG